CGCCGUGGACGGUCCGGCGUCGCGUGAACACUGCGCUGGCGCACCGGACUCACGAGAGGAGGACACGGACGCACGAGCGCAACUCUGCAACCGUCCCUUCACCUUUAAAGGGUACGGCCAGCGGAAGGAGGAUGGGUGAAGCAGUGGUGCGUGUGGCCCGGAGAAUCAACGCCACAGCCGAGGAGGGAAGAGACACGCUAGAUCUCUCAGACUGCAAGCUAAUUAGCUUCCCUGAUGGAGUGUUCAAAGUGCUCCGCACUUGCACGGAUAACAUCCGCGAAAUCACUCUGGCAGACAAUGAAAUAAAGGCCCUACCCAACAAGUUCUUUACCACCUUUGUCCAGUUAAGAGAACUGAACUUGCAGGGAAACAGGCUCACCAAGCUGCCUGACGCGGUCGGAGACAUGGAGCAUCUGAUCAGCAUCAACCUGUCAAGGAACUGCCUCAGCGUGUUUCCCCAGCGGCUGACGGGCGUCCGCACCCUUCAGCACAUCCGCCUGGAGAACAACCAGAUCACAGAGCUACCCCUGGAAGGCCUCUGUGAGAUGCCGGCUCUGCAGUGUGUGGACGCGCGGGGCAACCCUCUGGAUGUCUCCUUCUGCCUGGGGACCCACACCUUCACUCUCCUCACGUAGAGCUGCAACGGCAUUUGUGGUCUAACUGCAAAGAACACACACACACACACACACACACACACACACACACACACACACACACACAACACAACACAACACAUACGGUUUCUCAAAGCAUGCUGUUUGAAACAAAUGCACUUUUAUUCAUUGCACAAAUGUUAGCUAGCAGUACAAAAAGACCACCCUGUCCAACCUGUCCAACCUGUCCAUGACGUCCUGGGGUCAGAAAAGGACAUUGGCUUUUUGUCACAAAGAAAAUAAAAAUCACGGCUGAGCUUUGGUCAGGGUUGGUGGGAUUUCCUUUGGGUGCCCUGCAUGUCCAAGUGGUGGAUGUUCGGGUUCUUUUAGCCUCGAUCACGAAACACAAAGUUUCUGCAAAGAAAGACUCUCAGACAUCA